AUGGGUCGUGAAACAAAUGUCCGUGCAGAGAAUGAAAAUGCCCUUGUGAAAAUAAAGGAGUUAGGAGUCGAGCUUGCAAAGAUCAGGGAUGAAUUUGCCCUCAGCACAGCGAGGUGGAAGAAGCUGCAGAGCGAGAAGGAGGAGCUGGAGCGGCACUUUGAGGAGGAGGCGAAGCAGCUCCGCAGGCGGCAGCAGGAGGAGCGGCAGGCGCUGGAGCAGCAGCUGCAGGAGGAGUACAGCGCCAGGAGGCAGAGCCUGCAGGAGCAGCACAGGCUGCAGCUGGAGCAGGUCAGACUGCAGCAUCAGGAUCAGGUGGAAGAUAUCACAGCUGCACAUGAAACUGCAAUGGUACAGUUGGAAAAUAACCACUUAGUUGCCAUUACAAUACUGCAGGAUGAGAAUGAUGGCAAGAUUCAAGAACUGACUGCUGCUCACAAACUGGAGAAGGCACAGUUAGAAGAGACUUUUGAGAAGCUGCGGCUGUCGCUCCAGGACCAGAUAGACACACUCAUCUUCCAGAACCAAUCUCUUAAGGCCAAAGCAGACCGAUUUGAAGAGGCUCUGAAGAAAAACAACGAGGAACAACUGAAG